UCACUCGUCGCUGAAGUAAACAAACCAAAGAGUGGUGACAUAAGUUUUACAAGAUCCUCUAGUCCGAAGUCAUCCUUUAGUUUAUCGCACCGGUAAAUCGUCGAAUCAACAAAUCCUGUUGUUGUAAUGUCUUUUCCCGACAAGGAAAAGCGAACGGCCUGCUGGUCGUCCCGUGACGAAUACUGGGCCUGUCUCGAAAAGCAUGCACCUAGUCACAGUUCAACGUCCGGAGCUCCCGAGCCGAAACAGUGUGUGGAACUGCGAAAGCUGUACGAAAGCCGCUGUCCCGCCCAGUGGGUGAAACAUUUUGACCGAAAACGAACAUUCGAACAAUUUAAGCAGAAAAUGUCGAAAGGAUAUGAACCGCUGGACGAUAGGAAAAAAUAGCAAUACUAGCCGGUUUAAAUUUGACAUUUAUCUUAUAAUAUAUAUAGCCAGUAAAACAUAAUUUACAAAUUGUUGAAAUAAACGUUAUUUCCUACAUACUAGCUUGCAGCUACUAAA